AUGAACGCUUGCUCGUGCGUUCAGGCGGUGAAUCAGAUUGAUUGCAUUGCGUCAAGCUGCUGGAAUCAGGUCUACUCGUGCGAAUACCAACGAACAAUCGAAGACGUCCUCAAUCUAUGUGCAUUGCCAGACAUGGAUCAAUUCCCGUUCUGGCCUCCGCCCGACGAUGCUGCCUCCGGAUGCUCCUGCAACAUAGGCAAGAUGGAUAAGAAAGAACUAUUGAUUGUGGAUCAGAUGACGACGUGCACAAAUAACAUGACCAAUCUUGACCAGAUGUCUUCUGUUGAUGCUGUCAACGAUUACGGUCAGGCUUGUAUUUGCUGUGCAGAAAGUGCUAUUUUAUCUACGAUCUGGGAUACCUGCCCGAACACGAAGCCUUCCCUCCUUGAUGUCGAUGGUUGGUACAACGGAUUCAUUGGACAGAACGAUUGGCCCACAUGUGGCGAUUACCUUGAUGCAUAUGAUUGCGCUGGUGAUCUUGGCUUCGGUGCUGAAGAUGCGGGUGGAACUACAACAUUCUACAAGCUGGGUGGUUUACCGAAGAAUGGAACCGGGACGCUUUAUAACACCGGUUCUUUGACCACACCGGUUAGUGGAGCUACCUUUACUUGGACAUUCGGGACCAUCCCGCAUAUUGUUACCGCUGUCUCGACGGAUCAUGUUGUUGCCGCUACUACAGCUACGGCUACGUCUACGGGCACUCAAGGCCAAACUAGUACCUCGACACAGACCGGUGCGGAUAGUACUCAAACAGGUACGGCUAUUGCUAAGGAUGUACAUAUUUGGACCACACUGGCUUCUGUAGUUCUACUUGUCUUUGCUCUCUUUUAA